AUGAUUAGGGACUCCGGAUAUGAGCAAACAACGAACAACGUCAAGUGUGAUACAAACCUGCUAGUGCUGAAAGAGGAGAAUCAAGAUCCGAAUGAACUGGAACAGACAGAUCAGUAUGAGAAACACCAUGAUUUCAUAACUGGUGAAAAAGCCACACAGACUAAAACGGCUUCUAUACGAAAAAGAGCUCAGAAAACCAAAUCUAACAGCUCUUUCACCUGCCAUCAUUGUGGAAGGAGUUUCGAUGAAAAACAAAAACUUAAAAUGCACGUGAGAGUUCACACUGGAAAGAGACCAUUCCCCUGCCAACAGUGUGGAAACCGUUUCACUCAAAAAGCAGCCCUUCAAAAUCACAUGAGAACUCACUCGGGAGAGAAGCCAUUCACCUGCCAACAGUGUGGAAAGAGAUUCACUGAAAAAGCAAACCUUCAAAAUCACAUGAGAACUCACUCGGGAGAGAAGCCUUAUACAUGCAAACAGUGUGGAAAGAGUUUCCCUGCAAAACAAAACCUUAAAAUCCACAUGAGAGUUCACACUCAAGAAAAGCCUUACACCUGCCAACAGUGUGGAAACCGUUUCACUCAAAAAGGAUCUCUUAACAAUCACAUGAGAACUCACUCUGGAGAGAAACCUUUCACCUGCCAACAGUGUGGAAAGAGUUUCGCUCAAAAACCACACCUUCAAAUACACAUGAGAACUCACUCGGGAGAGAAACCUUACACUUGCCGUCAGUGUGGAAAGAGUUUUACACAGAAAAGCACCCUUCAUUCCCACAUGAACAUUCACACUGGAGCGAAGCCUUAUACAUGCGAACAGUGUGGAAAGAGUUUCCCUGCAAAACAAAACCUUAAAAUCCACAUGAGAGUUCACACUCAAGAAAAGCCUUACACUUGCAACCAUUGUGGGAAGAGUUUCACAAACAAACAAAGUCUUAAGUGUCACAUGAGAGUUCACACCGGUGAGAAGCCGUUCACGUGUGAUCAGUGCGGGAAGAGUUUUUCAGCCAAAUGUAAUCUUAAACUUCACAUGAGAGUUCACACUGGAGAGAAGCCGUUCAUGUGUGAUCAGUGCGGGAAGAGUUUCACACAUAAACAUAAUCUUGAGUGUCACAUGAGUGUUCACACUGGAGAAAAGCCCUUCACAUGUGACCAAUGUGGAAAGAGUUUCACACAAUUAGCACACCUUAAUGGACACAUGAGGAUCCACGCUGGAGAAAAGCCACACACGUGUGAUCAGUGCGGGAAGAGUUUCAAGCAAUCAUCACACCUUUAUGCUCACAUGAGGAUCCACACAAGAGAUAUGAUGUACCCUUGUGAUCAAUGCGGCAAAACGUUUCUUUGGGCAUCAGCUCUGAAAACUCACCUGGCAGUUCAUACGAAGGAGAAGCCGCAUUCAUGUUCUGAAUGUGGAAAGAGUUUUUCACUGCUGCGGAGUUUACAGAAACAUGAGAAAAUGCAUGCUGAUGUGAGAGAGUACAUGUGCUUUGAGUGUGACAAGACUUUUAUUACAGCAAACUGUUUAAACCUGCACCAGAGGAUCCACACUGGAGAGAAACCUCACAAGUGUUCACACUGCGACAAGAGAUUCAGUCUGUCAUCAAAUCUGAAAAGACAGAGGAUCCACAGCAGAGAGAAACUGCACACAUGUGAUCAGUGCGGGAAGAGUUUCGCUUUUAAAAGUCAGCUGAAAGGACACAUGAAGAUCCAUACACUGGAGAAACCGGAUCACUGCGAUCCAUUCCACAAUGAAAUGUUCAAUGAGAGAGUCUAUGAAGAGGAUGAAGGUGAAGUGGAUGACAGAGAGAAUCGUGAGCAGGCCGGAGACCAGAGGGCUCAGGAUAUUAGAAAUGCACCGUGUGCCUAUUUUUCAAGCCUGUAG